UUCCCGCGAAGCAGGUUCGAAUUCCUGUCGGCGAACGAUCGUCCGAAACAAAAAGGCAAGCUCUCGCGAACCUUUGGCGGUUCCUUGAGCGGAGAUUCACCAUUCUUGAUGCUUACGAAUUCGUGAAUCGAUGACCCUUUACAUGCCCUUGUUCAGGGCGUGCGCGAGCUUGAGGACGGUGGCUCAGCUCCACGCCCACCUCCUCGUCACGGGCCUCCACCGGGACCCGCUCGCUUCCACCAGGCUCAUCCAGUCCUAUGCCGAAAUGGGCUCUCUCGAAUCCUCAAGGCUCGUCUUCGACCAUUUUCACGCGCCCGAUUCCUUCAUGUGGGGCGUGCUUAUCAAGUGCUGCGCGUGGAGUCGCUCUUUCGAGGGAGCCGUCUCGCUGUACCGCGAAAUGGUUCGCCAACGGAAGGAGAUCACUCGGUUCAUAUACCCAUCCGUGUUACGAGCCUGCUCCUGCUCGGGCAAUCUCGGCGCGGGCGAAACCGUCCACGGGACGGUCGUUAAGUGUGGACUGGAUGGGGACGAUGUGAUUCUAUCUUCAUUGCUGUGUAUGUACGGAGAAAUGGGCUCGCUGCGGAAUGCCGGGAAGGUGUUUGAUGGUAUGUCGGGUAGAGAUGUGGUGUCUUGGAGUUCGAUGAUCUCCAGUUAUGUUGAUAAUGGGGAUCCCAGCGGUGGGCUGGAUGUGUUCCGUUCGAUGCUUUUACAAGGUUUUGAGCCCGACUCGGUCACAAUGAUUGGCAUGGCUGAGGCUUGUGCCCAAUUGGGUUCUUUGUGUUUGGCAAGGUUGAUCCACGGACAAGUGGUGACAAGGAAUAUUGAAAGUGAUGAUGCAACAUUGAAUAACAGUCUUGUUGUAAUGUACAGUAAAUGCGGUGAUCUGUCUAGCGCAGAGGUUCUCUUCAAUAUCGCCACUCACCAGUCUGCUGCCUCAUGGACUGCGAUGAUUUCGAGCUAUAAUCAGAGUGGGCACUUUCGUGAAGCACUCAAUGUUUUUCUAGAAAUGCAGGAGUCCCAGAGUAAAGCUAAUUCAGUUACCAUGAUGGCUAUUUUAUGCUCUUGUGCAAGGUUGGGGUGGCUGAGAGAGGGGCAGUCAGUUCAUUGUUUUGUCAUUAGAAAUGCUGUAGAUCCCGGAUAUGAUUUUUUGGGGCCUGCAUUUAUAGAGUUCUACGCUGACUGUGGAAGAGUACAUGAUAGCAAGAAAACUUUCAUGAUAAUUGAAGAGAGAGAUGCUGUCUCGUGGAAUAUGCUCAUAACAGUUUAUGCACGAAAAGGAUUUUUAGAGGAGGCUUUAUCGACAUUUUUACAGAUGCGAGUACAGGGAAUAAUACCAGACUCAUUCAGCUUAACAGUAUCACUGUGGUCUUGCGGAAGCAUGGGUUUUUCACAGCUUGGAUGUCAAAUUCAUGGUUUUGUGAUGAAGUCCCAUUUUGAAAAGGGAUUUGUACUAAAUGCACUUAUUGAUAUGUACUCAAAAUGCAGUGAUGUGGAUUCUGCUUACAGAGUGUUUCUUGAGAUCCAACAAAAAGAUAUUGUUACUUGGAAUACAAUGAUUUGUGGAUUUUGUCAGAAUGGUUAUUCUCUAGAAGCCAUCCAUCUUUUUGAUAAAAUGUUGAAUGGCUUCAUAAUGGAUGAAGUCAGCUUCCUUAGUGUAAUUCAAGCUUGUUCACAAUUAGGAUACCUAGAAAAGGGUAAAUGGGUUCACCAUAAGCUCAUCAUCCAUGGUGUAAGGAAAGAUCUCUACAUUGAUACAGCUCUAACAGAUAUGUAUGCCAAAUCUGGAGACCUCAAAUCUGCCCAAUCAGUUUUUGAUAGUAUGCCUGAGAAAACUGUAGUUUCAUGGAGUGCCAUGAUAGCUGGUUAUGGAACCCAUGGUCAGAUCGAUAUAGCCAUCUCACUUUUCAACCGAAUGGUGCAAAUGGGGAUACAACCAAAUGAUAUCACCUUUAUGAAUAUCCUAUCGGCUUGCAGUCACACAGGAUCUGUGGAGUAUGGGAAGUUCUAUUUCGGGUUAAUGAAUUCCCAUGGAGUUGCUCCCAAGUUGGAACAUUUUGCUUGUUUAAUUGAUCUUCAGUCGUUCGGGAAUCUUGACGAAGCAUAUUCAGUAAUCUCUUCCAUGCCUUUCCCUGCAGAUCCUAGCAUCUGGGGUGCCUUGAUCAAUGGUUGUCGUAUUCAUCAGAGAAUGGACAUUUUCCAAAUUAUUCAAAGGGAUCUUUUAGAUGUUGAUACAGCCGAUACAGGGUACUACACAUUGUUAUCUAAUAUACAUGCAGAAGAAGGGAAUUGGGUUCGAUCACGGAAAUUAAGGUCGACAAUGGAAAGUGCAGGUUUAAAGAAAGUCCCUGGAUACAGCUUGAUUGAACUUGGUAACAGAACUUAUAAAUUUGGAGCAGGAGAUAUAUCUGACUUGCAAAUGGAGGAAAUAUGUAAACUACGAGAAAAAAAUCUUCAAAAUUUGGAAGCAGAAUGAUGUUAGUUGGAGAAUCAUACUCCUAAGUGUCUAUAACAUCUACUUCCUUCGUAUUUCUCGCUGACAUGCAAAUUGACUCCUGUCUUCCUCUCAUGGCUCUCUCUCUCCUUCUCAAUAGAGAACUUCAAUGGAGAACAAAGCAACUAAUUCUUUCUGAGAGGAAGAUGAAUGCAGAAAUCAAGACAUCAAAGGGUGGGGUUUAUAAUUCCACCAUAGAAGAAAGAGCUAUUCUAUGAGCCAUUUUGCUAGUCCAUAUGCCUUGAGAUUAGUAGUUGUUCUCCGAGGCCAGGUUACUGACCAAUGAGGAUGACUUCUAGAAAGAUUUCUAAUGUUGCUAACAAUACCAGCAAUCAGCCAAGAUGGGGUUUACAGAAGUAAGAGCAUGAAUUGAGUGCUCACGGAUCACUCUCAAACAUGACAGUACUCUGGCCUUUGUGUUGAAGAUGCUGGAUGGUUAGCAGCGAAUCAGUUUCUUCCGCUUGCAGCAAGAGGCUGCAGUUCAACUUGCUGCUGCUGCUGCAGCAUCCAACAAAGUCUCAUGAUGAUAUCUGGCAGUUAGAGCUGAAGCACCAUUGUGUGGGGAUGAAAGUAUCAUCCACAUUAAUCUUGGUCGUAUCUCCUGUUGGAGGUACUCCAGGUCUAUUGGUACAUUGGAUCUGCUAGGUAGGCCUCAAAAUGGUAUUCCUUCCAUUAGCAAGCUCGUCCUAGGUGCCUGCAGUUGUUUUAUGAUGCCUUGAAAUGUCUAGUCGUGUGUUUGGAUCGAUGAACUUAUCACGAAGUUCCCACAAUCUCCAAUGCAUAAUGCCCCGGGAAGCUGUUUUGGGAGUUCAGUAAGCUUUGUUAAGGAAAUCUCUCCCCAGCAAGUGACUGCAUAUGAAGGCUCCAGCCUACCUGAACCCAAGUUAUUAUAGUUGCGGGACAGUUGUGCACAACAUUAAGUAUUAUGUUGUUCUCUGUGUAACAUGAAAGGACAGUAUUCAUCCACAUAAGACAUGCCUUCUGAAGUUCGCUCUGGAGUGGUAGGUCCAUUCUGCAAAAAUGGGUCUUCAGUGGCUCGCAAAUUUUGCAUAGGAUAUAUUUUUCAAUAGGCGAAAUUUCUGGAAGAAUAACCAUAUGACAGCAUGCGGUUCUGUAGCCUUGUAAGUUGUAUAAAGUGAACGAAGAAUGAAACGAAUAUUAGUUACAGGUUUAACAAAUGUACAGAUUUCCACUCGUAGCUAUCUGUGUUCUUCGCAAUUC